AUGCUCCCCCAAGACUGGAAACUAGCUAAUAUUGCUCCAAUUCACAAAAAGAAUUCGAAAUGCAAGAGAGAAAACUACCGACAAAUCUCACUAACAUCUAUUAUAUCUAAGAUAGCAGAAAAGAUUGUUCAGGAUAGAUCAGUUGAAUUUUGGCUCAGUCGGAAAGUAUUUAAUGAAAAUCAAUUUGGAUAUCUCAAGAACAAGUCUACUUUAUCCCAAUUAUUGUUAUGCUACGACUGGGCAAAGACUAGAAACGAUACAAAAGCAACCGAUGUUGUUUUUAUGGACUUCAGUAAAGCGUUUGACAGCGUGCCACACGAACGUCUGCUGUAUAAGUUGGAACAGCACGGUAUUGGAGGGGCUUUACUGAAAUGGUUUAGAAACUUUCUUACAAAUCGUCAACAACGAGUAGUAGUUCGGGGAUCGUAUUCGAAAUGGACCAAUGUAACAUCAGGGGUACCACAGGGAACAAUUUUAGGACCUAUUCUGUUUUUAAUUUAUAUUAACGAUCUCCCGAAUGAAAUUGUAAGUCACGUCAAGCUGUUUGCAGAUGAUACAAAAGUGUACC